AUGGGGGGGUGUAAUAGUUCUAUAGCUCCUAAGGAUUUUGCAGAAACCUAAGCUACGAAAUAAAUGUGUCACCACUGUAAAAAACAUGAUUUCAACCUAUUGAAAUUAGCUUGUGAACAUCAUUAUCAUGAGAUUUGCCUGAUCUCUAAAAAAAUGGAUUCGAAUAAAUGUAUUUGUGGGAAGGAUAUUGGUUAAUUAAAUAAGAUUAAUGAGCAGGUUCAUCGAUUAUUUUUAACAUACUAAGCUCAAAUGAUAGUGUAGUUGAAUUAGAAUAAAUUAUAGAUAAACGAGACAAAAUAAUAGCAAUUUUUUCGUUGUCCUAAAAAAGGGUGUUCCUUUUAUUUUAUUUAGGAUUAGAAGCCAUAAUAGGGUUAAUUACAAGAAUACUUUUGUGAUUAGUGUAAUUGCAAGCUUUAAUAUGACCUAUUGAAAAGUGAUUUUAGUAAUGCUAAGAGUGAUGCAUCAACAAUUCAACCACCAAAAGGUGAUUAGACUAAUGUUAAAAGUGAUGCAGUAAAAAUUCAACCACAAGUACCUCCAUAAUAAAGUACAAAGAUCAAACCAGAUUAUCUAUUUCAAUUGCAUAAAAUCAUUGAAGCUAAACAAUAACCUUUUAAAUUUUGCAGGAAUGAUUGUGGAUUCAUGUAUAUAGAAAAUAAUUCUUACAAUAUUGGCAAUAGUCUCUGUGAAAAUUGCGAUUUCUGUCAUAAAUGCUAUAGAUUACUUUUCUCAGAUUUUAUUAGCCUGAAAAAAUGCAAGCAUAAGUUUCACUUGUUAUGUGCAAAUUCAGUUAUAAAUCCUGAUAAAUUAGAAUCAUUAAAUUGUGAUUGUGGAGAACCUAUAGACGAUGAAGAUAUCAAAAUUGAGUUUAACAUAAGUUGUAUGAUUUGCGGAAAAUUUGAUAAAAAUUUAAAGAGACUUGAUUGCCAACAUUACAUCCACUUAGAUUGUAUUUAGGAUAAUUCAUUCUAAUUUAGCGAUUUUUUAUGUUUCAUUUGUAAAAUACCAAUUCUUGAAUUUUUAAAAAGCUCUAAACAUUAAAAAAUUCACAAUCAAAUAAAAAAAAAUAAUAUUGAAAAGUUGCUUGUAUAAAUUGAAAAUGAUUGUUUCAUAUGUUACAAUAAGUCUGAAGAACAUCUUUAUGCCACUUAAUGCAAUCACAAGGUUCAUUUAUCUUGUUUAGAAAGUAGAAAAAAAGAAAUAAAAGACAAGUAGUAAUUACUAAAAUGUAGUUGUGGAUAAUAUAUUAAAGAUAUAUAACAAAAAAUAGAAUGA